UUUUUCCCCUAAAUGUCUGUUUUAUAUUUUCAUGUUUUCAGAUGUCAUACAACUUUAACUCAUAUUUUUCUAUUGCCAUUGUUGAAAGAAAAUACGAUUCUGGAAACAGUAUUGUUAUAAAGUCCUGAUAUUUUAAUCAAACUCACUGAUAAGGUUCACUUGUAAUUUUCCUAUAGAUUCCGCGUUUUUUCAUGUAAAUGUAAUGUAAGGAAUCCUCCUCACACAUAAAAAUUAUUCAUUGAGUUCCACAGGGUUCUGUUUUGGUACCGAUACGGUUCUCAUUACCACUAGGCAAAAAUUCAUAAAGAUGACGGGUAUAUCUCACGGAUGUGCUGGGACACAUCAUCAGCUAUUAAACCCAAAUGUGUUUACACCCAGUACAAAGAUGCAAUAGGAUCUAGAAGAUAGGUGGAUUAAACAAAAAGUUUUAUUAACUGAUAACUGAGGCAUUAUACAGAGUAACAGGAGAGCACUGACAAAAUCCCCCCCAAAAUUGAAAUUCAAGUAAACAGCCAACAAGAGGAAACUAGAGGAGAACAUGAACAGAAAGGUGAAGUCAAUAAAGAUAAUAAUAAGGUUGGGGAAAAGAAUGGAUGAGGGGAAACUGGUGAGCCAUAUGAGGAACUGACCUAUAAAAUAAAAGAGGAACAAAUGGAGAUGUGGUAACACAGGAGGCACAGAAAAGGAUCAAAACCCUACAGAAACAAGAAACUAAAUAUGAUGAAAAUGAAUGUGUUUAAAACACAGUAAAGCAAAUAUUAAUUGAGGUCAUGUUUAAUUCAUUUAUUUUAGCCUUCAUUUGUUUCUCUUCAGUUUUGUAUAUUUAUUAGACAAUUGUGAUUUGAUUUCAGUUCUGAUUUUGGUGAUCAUGAUCUUCCAUACUGUUUGAGUUCGUGCAGUCAUUCAAAUUCUCAGAUUCCAAGACGAAACUGAAAAUGACCAACUACUUAAAUUUUGUCAAAACAACAACAACAACAACAACAACAACAACGGGGUGAUGAACAAAUACUGCGUGCUUCAAACUGUCCUUUUCCCUGCUAUUAAUGAAAUUCAAGCCCAGCUCUUCCUCCCUCCCUCUUCCUCCGGCUAUGAAAUGCAACAAGCUCUAACCUGUUCCUAAGUUUCUGUUUAGAUCUUGGACGUGUUUCAUUUCUAUAGAAGUGAAAACUCACACAGCGGCUGACAGUGAGAGGAGAAAUGGCACAAAAAGGAGCUCAGCUGAACAGGGAAAUCUUCUCUUGUUCAAUCUGUCUGGAUCAUCUCGAGGACCCAGUGACCAUUCCCUGUGGACACAAUUACUGCAUGAACUGUAUUAAAACCCACUGGGAUGAAAAGGGGAGGAGAAUGCACAGCUGCCCACAGUGUAGGAAGACUUUCACACCGAGACCUGCCCUGGUGAAAAACACCAUGUUGGCAAAUUUAGUGGAGGAGAUAAAGAAGACUGGACUCCAAGCUGCUUCUGCUGAUCACUGCUAUCCUAGACCUGAAGAUGUACCCUGUGAUGUCUGCACCGGGAGAAAACUGAAAGCCUUCAAGUCCUGUUUAGUCUGUGUGGCAUCAUACUGUGAGAAACACCUUCAGGAUCAUUAUAAUGCAGCACCAUUGAAGAAACACAAGCUUGUCGAGCCCUGCAAGAAGCUCCAGGAAAACAUCUGCUCUAGUCAUGAUGAGCCGAUGAAGAUUUUCUGUCGUACUGAUCGGCAGCGUAUCUGUAGUCACUGCAAACUGAUUGGCCAUAAAUACCACGAAACAGUCCCAAUUGAAGCAGAAAGGACCAAGAAGCAGAAGGAGCUGGAAAUGAGUCGACAAAAACUCAAGCAGAGACUCCGUGACCGAGAGAAAGACGUGACGAUUCUUCAACAGGAGGUGGAGUCCAUCAAUCAGUCUGCUGAUAAAGCAGUGGAAGAAAAUGAAAAGAUCUUUGCUGAGCUCAUCUGUCUCAUGCAGAAUAGAAGCUCAGAUCUGAAGCAGCAGAUCAGAUCCCAGCAGGAAACUGAAGUGGGUCGAGUCAAAGAGCUUCAGGAGAAGGUGGAGCAGGAGAUUGCUGAGCUGAGAAGAAAUGACGCCGAGCUGGAACAGCUGUCAUGCACAGAGGAUCACAACCAAUUUCUACACAGCUACUCCUUACUGUCAGCACUUAAUGAGUCUACAGACUCAUCCAGCAUCGAGAUCCGUCCUCUGAGGUACUUUGAGGAUUUGACAGCAGCUGUGAAAGAGGUCAGUGAUAAACUGCAGGAUGUUCUGAAAGAGAAAUGGACAAACAUCUCACUGACAGUCACUGAGGUGGAUGUUUUGCUGUCAGAACCAGUGCCAAAGACCAGAGUUGGAUUCCUAAGAUAUUCACGUGAAAUCAGAAUGGAUCUGAACACAGCUAACACAUCAGUGUUAUUAUGUGAGGGGGGUAGAAAAGCCACAGCUGUGAAAGAACAGCAGUCAUAUUCUAGUCAUCCAGACAGAUUCACUGGAUGGUGUCAAGUCAUGAGUAGAGAGAGUCUGAUUGGACGUUGUUACUGGGAGGUGGAGUGGAGCGGGAAACAGGUUUAUAUAGCAGUCGCAUACAAGAGUACCAGCAGAUCAGGGCUCUCAGAUGAAUGCGGAUUAGGAUUCAAUAGGACAUCGUGGGCAUUAUGUUGUGACCGAAAUGGUUUUAAAUUUGUGCACAACAAUUCUCACAAGGCUGUCUCAGGUCCUCAGUUUGGGAGAGUAGGAGUGUACCUGGAUCACAGUGCCGGUAUUCUGUGUUUUUAUAACGUCUCUGAAACCAUGACUCUCCUCCACAGAGUCCAGACCACGUUCACUCACCCGCUUCAUGCUGGAUUUCGGCUUUCAGAUUAUGGAGACACUGCUGAGUUCAGGAAACUCAAAUAGAGAGAGGUCAUGUAAGGGACAGUUAGUUAAAAUGCAUGUUCGCAGAAUGCCAAUGCAGACUUUCUAUUGAGUAGAGAAUUAAUUUUGAAGUCAGUUUUCAUGUAUGGGUAUAUUUCAGAACUAUUUUACUGCUAUGUUUGUGCUGCAUUUAUCUAUGUUGACUUAUAAUAGUGUCUUGAUUAAUGAUAUUUUCAAGAAAUAUGUUAAGGCAUACUUUUUUAAUGGUCUUUGCUACAACUUUUUUUUUAUCCUGACUUAAUCUUUUGUCCUCUUUGGUCAGUUUUGUUUUUGUUUUUUAGGUUCUGUUUUAAUAGAUCAGAAGUUGUUCAAAUAAAUGUACAGACAAAGAACCUAGACUUACAUUAUCAUUAUUACAACCUCUUUGAUCACUGGUGAUUAUCUGCUUGUAAACAGCUGAUACUGUGAAUCAGUUGGUGAGAUUUUUCUUGACUAAAGAAGCGAGAUGUCCACACUUUACUCAUUAUGUUAAUAAACUGAAGCCUUACAGAGUUAUUAAAGUUGAACAAAUAAACAAAUGUCUCCUGUCUUAAAUCCAGGUUGCUGUACAAACCUGAUGGCCAAAAAACAAAAGCAACAUGAAAGCAUAACUGAGAGUCUUACACCUGAAAAAGAAGCUUUGUGUUUUGAACAGAAGAUUUCUCUUCUUUUUCUCUGGAUGAAUCUUAACAUUGUGGCAAGCUCAGACAAGUAGGAGACAGAAACUUCUGUUUUAACUUGCUAUUUCUGCCUUAGCUGUUAUACUAAGCUACAGGGAGCACAAUCUUUUAUUAGGAACACCCCUUCACACACACACACAGCAGUGAGAGGUGGUAAAUGGACACAGCCGUCUAACUCACUGUGCUCCACCAGCCACACCAAACACAGAACACACAGCAGGACUAAUGUUACACACUAACACAAAAAUGGCAAAUCAACACCUGAUAACUGUAACUGCCGUUAUAACCCUACAACUUACAACAUGUUAACAUCAGGUAUACAGUCCCAUAAGACCUUGGGCCAGUGGCCCUUCCCCCUAGCCCGCUACAAUAUUAUGAAUUUAAAUUGGAUAUGUGAGGGCACACAUUCACGCAACUGAAGCAUUCAUUUGGUAAUAUAUCAUUCACAGAAAUCAGUCAUUGCCCUUAGUUUAAAUAAACACUGGUUAGUUUUUUCUUUAUCUUUUUACUUACUUGUCUUUUCUGUUUAGCAGGCCUCUUUCAAAAGCCCCAAACAGCUGAAAUGCAUUCCUCUGUAAUUGUUGGCUAAGAUCUUAUGAACAAUAAUCCUCCUGUGAUUGCUAUUUGACUGCUUUUGUACCGUCUCCAGAUUUUUCUAAACCAGGGGUGUCAAGCAUAAAAUCUCAGAUAGAUUUUUAACUUUUAGCUGUAUUUACAUUGAUUUUACAGCUUUUCUUAUUGAUAACAAAUCCCCCUUAUUAAUACUACACCAAAGUAAUUACGUAAGAAUUUUUUUUUUUUUUCACAGAAAAAAAAAGAAAUUCUCUUUUGAAUUAAAGGUCUGGGGAAAAAGGGUUCUUGAAUAAUUCAUGGACAUGUGUUGCUGUUGUUCCUUGUUUGUGUGUAUCAGUGGCUGUGGCAAAUCACUGAGUUUCAGGCAUCAUCAGGCCUGGUGGAUGUGUGCGGAGAGCACACGGACACUUACUUUUUGGGGAAGACAUGAUGCGGCAGUCAAGGGAGAGCACGGGGAUUUAUUGUCAUUUGUUGCACUGUAAAUAAACGCGCUGUUUGCUGUGAGGAAUCCUGCAUUUUGGGUCCUACUUCCCCCCCAUCCCCACGGUCUACCAUACAGACCGUGACAAAAAAUUCAUAUCUUUAUAAUAAUGUAAUCAUGUAUGCAAUCACUGUAGUCGCCCACUUAAAAACAAAGCACCCUGUAUACAUCCCUGUUGUAAACCUUUGAAAACAUCUUAAAUUUAUGCCUUUUGCUAUCAGAGACAAGCUGAUUCACAGUGAUUUCCCACCUAAAGGGCAGGGAAACGUUCUGUUUCAACUUUUCUUUAAUGUCGUCCUGUUCUGUUUGGGGCCCCAAUGUCUGAAGAAUCAAAAUGCUUCAAGGUGCAGGUGUGAAUCUUUGGCACCAACUUCAAUAUUUCAAGGCAACAAUUGAGGAGUUUGCCUGUAAUAUGGUAACAGUUCCUACGUUGGUGCUUUCUGUGAUGUUUUUAGAAAAGCAAAGUAUGAAAAUAUUCAAAACAAAACAAAAACUACAGCGCAGGCCCAGACUCAUGAGAGGAAAUGAUUUUCCGUGCUCAGAAAGUACAGAUUUCAAAUACUCCGGGCGAAGCUGUGUGCCGUCCAAUCAGCGUUCAGUGGAUGUACGGAAGUGAGAAAAGAUGCCGUCUGACGGGAACCUGCCAAGCUAACGGCUAAGAAGAGGAGGUGAAACAGGUGCACUUUCAAAAUAAAAGAAAGUCUCUAUCAUUCUAUGAAUAGAUUUGUGUUAGACGUUUGUUUUUUUACUUUUUACACACAUUCAUAUAAUUGUUUAU